AUGCAGCAGGAGCUUUCAAACUACAUGGACAAGACAGGAACGGUUAUCAAGGACCUCGUUACCCGCAAGCAGAAUGAAAUUCUUCAAGGCCUUAGGGAGCGUGUAGCGAAGGCUGCAGAGACCUCACAGUUGGUUGAAGAUGUUAUCACCAAGAGUGGGUUGCCUGUAAGCAAUGAUGCUAAAGCUGCGAUCACGUCUGGGACAGAGGCGGCUAAAGAGAAUGCUAAGCGUAUCAUUGAGGAUCGACAUAGUGAGACUGCCUCGGCUAGCGAGUCGAAGGAUGCUAAUGACUUUUAA